AAAAUUCAAUAUGGUAGAACAAAUGCAUGCACAUGGCAGACGGUCUCAGAGAAAAGAGUAAUCUGAUUAAAUUUGUUAAAGAAUUAUUCAAAACAUGGACUCAAGUGAUAUUUUGAGAGAUGCAUGUGCUGUUUUUGGUUGUGCUACAACCAAGAAAUGCUCACAAUUUGCCAGUGUAGUAGACACGCUGUACCUUGGUCUGAUGGCUCUUCAACACAGGGGACAAGAAAGUUCAGGCAUGGUUACAUCAGACGGCACAUCUUUUAAAACCAUGAAAGGCAUGGGGUUGGUUUCGUCCGUUUACACUCAGUCAACAGUUGAUAGUAGGGAGGGCCACAUAGGUAUCGGUCAUAAUCGUUAUUCGACUUCUGGAACAUCUACUCUACUAAACUGCCAACCCUUCGUCGUUCACACUGAGUACGGCCGCAUCGCUGUUGCACAUAAUGGUGAAAUAGUAAAUGCGAAAAGUGUCAGGCAACGUUUGCUGAAACAUGGAAUUGGCCUUUCAACAGAAUCUGACAGUGAGAUGAUCACCCAGUUGCUGGUCAGUGAACCUCCGCAUGGGGAAUCAGAUGGAGUUAAUUGGGUGUCCAGAAUUGUGCAUGUUAUGAGUGUCAUCCAUUGUUCCUAUUCAAUUUUACUAAUGACAUCUCAGGAGGAGAUUUACGCCUUUCGCGACCCGUUUGGCAAUAGACCACUCUGCUUGGGUGAAAUAAAAGUUUCGUAUACCACUAAUUUAGACGCUAAGAAAGCACUGAAUAGCUGCUCAAUUUAUGUUGUUUCUUCAGAAUCCUGCGCAUUUUCUUCCGUUGGUGCCGAAUUCCUCAGAGAAGUACAUCCUGGAGAAAUUGUGCGUUUGACUUCAAACGGUAUAGAAUCUCUUCGAACUGUCAAGCGGCCAGACUUGACCACUCCUGCUUUCUGUAUCUUCGAGUAUGUCUAUUUUGCAAGAGCUGAUUCGUUUUUUGAAGGACAACUUGUGCACGCUGUCCGUAAGGAGUGCGGUCGUCAGUUAGCCAUAGAAGGAUGUGUCGAUGCCGAUAUAGUUAGCACCAUACCGGAUUCUGCUACACCAGCCGCCAGAGGAUUUUCAGAACAAUCAGGCAUUCCUUAUGAAUCCGUUGUGGUCAAAAAUCGAUACAUUGGUAGAACGUUCAUUCAACCGACGUCAGCGUUAAGAAAGCGCGGGGUUACGACAAAAUUUGGUCCUUUGAUUGACAAUAUCAUGGGAAAAAGGAUUAUUUUGAUUGACGACUCUAUUGUACGUGGAAAUACGAUGCCGCAUAUAAUUGAGUUGCUCAAACGUUCUGGCGCGAAAGAGGUUCACAUACGGGUAGCUUCACCGCCCUUAAAACACCCUUGUUUUAUGGGCGUCAAUAUACCAACGCACGACGAACUCAUCGCCAAUAGAUACAGUCCUUUGGAGAUGGCUAAACACUUUGGCGUGGAUACUUUAGUGUAUUUAUCUGUGGAAGGCUUGCAGAAAGCUGUUGCGAAGGGGGUCAAACACAAGGAACAUAGCGGACAUUGUAAAGCCUGUUUAACCGGAAAAUAUCCGCUGGAAUUGGAAUGGUGAAAUUAUCUUUUCUAAUCCACAUUUUUCACGUUAUUCUAGAAUGUAAACUUAGCGUGGUGUGUCAGAUGCCGUCGUGAAUUUUAUUUUUCAAAGAAUGUAUUUCUUCUUGUUAUUUUAAUAUAUAUAUUUUUUUUCUGGA